AUAUGAAAUUGCUGUUUCUGGCUUGUCUGAGUCCAAAAACAGGAAACUGCACAACUGCCGAAAGGAUCAGGGAACAUAUAGAAUCAGCGGGGCACACCUGUGUUCUUCGAGAUACACAGGACUUCAAGUCACCUGCGGAUGUGGCAGCUCUGGUGACGCGGGAACCACCAUUUGAUGCGGCACUUGCUAUUCAUCUAUACAAAGGAGGCAGACUACUCCUUGGCAGCAAGGCCCCAUUUGGAGUCAUCUUUGGUGGAACAGAUGUCAAUGAGGACGUGAAAGAUGAGAAGAAGCGAAUGGUUAUGCAACAGGUGUUGAAGGAGGCAAGGUUUGCUGUUGCGUUCUCUCACAAACUGAAAGAGGAAGCAGAAGUCUUUUGGCUGUCCCAGAGCAGUAAAAUCUAUAUCCAGCCCCAAGGGGUCGAGACCAAGGUGGCGCCGGGCUUCAGCUGGAGUGACUUCUUGAGGAGCACAGGUGUGAGUGAUGCUGGUGUGGACAAUCUGCAUGUGUUCCUCCUGGUGUGUGGUCUCAGGAGAGUGAAGGACCCUCUCUACCUGCUGGAGGCAUUCUCAGAGUGGCACUCCGAGGAUCCGUCAGUUGUUCUGAUCAUCAUCGGACCGGAGAUCGAUCCUGUGUUCACUAGGGAGGUGGAAGCGAAUGUUGAAAGAGCUAAGGGAGUCUUCCUAGCCCCAGAGAGGAGUCAGGAGGAGCUUCACGCUGCCCUGAAGAUGUCUUUUGCUCUGGUCAAUAGCUCUAUCUCUGAAGGGAUGUCGGCUGCCAUUUUGGAGGCCAUGGAUCUGGAGGUUCCUGUGGUGGCCAGGGACAUCCCUGGGAACUCAGCGAUUGUCCAACACGAGGACACAGGGCUGCUGUUUUCCACACCGCAGGAUUUCAUCAACGUGUCCAAGAGGCUUCUGGGAGAUCACCCCUUGCUGGAGCGGGUGGUGAGAAAUGGGAAGCGGUACGUGGAGGAGUGCCACAGCUCGGCCAAGGAGAGAAUCGCCUACCAGCAGCUGGUGCAGCUCCUCCAGUGAGCACAGACGCAAACUCUUCCACGCCUCCUCCGUGCUGCUCCAGGGUCCCACACAGCUCCAAAGUGCCUUGCGUGAACUGAGCUCCAUGUACAGGGGGGUUCUGGUCUCCAUUUACAGGGAGAGGAAGGGGCGGCCAGUCGUUUACAUUGUUGUUUUCUCAGGACAGUGGCUUCCCUUUGACCAAAAAACUGUAAACAACUGUUUCUUAUUAGAAAAGGAAUGGUCAGAGUAGAGCUUUGUGUGUAUUGUUUCCAUGAAAGAAAAAUUUUUCUUCAGAGGUUUUGUGUGACAUAUCAUCUCCAUUUCAAAGGAUGUCAAGGGGAAUACGGCUUUAGCUUUCUUUCAAGCCUUAAGUAGUUUUUUUUUCUUUUUCCAGAAUGAAGUUGAAUUCUGUUUCUAGCUUUUAAUAUACUGCACCGCAAAACAACCCAAUUUCAAAAACAUUCAAAUGCAAGACAAUAU